AUUUUGAAAGAUGUGAAAUUCCCGCUCGAGUUGGACUUGUUCACAUUCUGCUCAGAAGCGUUGCAAAAGCAAUUGUUCCCAAUGCGUGAGAAAUUCCGUCUCGAAGAAGAUCGAGCUGUGCAUGAACUGACUAAGAAAGACACGGGAACAAAAAAACAACCGGACCCUUGGAAAGAUCUGGAUCUGUUCGAGCCCUACUCUUUGGAAAACGAUCCCGGAUCGAAUAAUUCCGGCUAUUACGAUUUACAAGGGGUGAUCAGUCAUCAGGGUCGAACUAGCUCAAGCGGUCAUUAUGUGGCUUGGAUCAAAGUGAACGGUACAUGGAUGAAAUUUGAUGAUGAUGUCGUGACGGCCGUAACCCCGGAGGAUAUUAUGAAACUGUCCGGUGGAGGUGAUUGGCAUUGUGCGUAUGUACUUCUAUAUGGACCCAAACGCGUUCGCAAGGACACAGAAGCCUCACCGACCUCGGCUCCGAUGGAGGCUGACUCAGCCGUGACCAAGUCGACCACACUCGAAGGAGAUCGGCUGCCCAAGUAA